AUGUUUCCUGAUCGCCCCAUCGCCAUGUUGCUCAGGUACCGAGCUGCCGGGCCAGAAGUUCGGCUCGGCCCGCUCAUUUCAGGAAACUGGAGCCGUGAACUGAAGCAGAGACUGAAGGAGACCUUUGUGGUCUUCCAGGUGGUCAAAAUGAGUGGAUCAGAAAUUGAGACGUGGACCGCAGAACAGGUCCACCAGUGGCUCCUGACAGAGGUCAAAGUUCAUCCGGACUGUGCAGACAGGUUCACUGAAGAGGAGGUCAUGGGGGAGAGUUUGGUUUUGUUCGAGAAGAAAGACAUUUUGGACAUGGGGAUAAAGCAUGGCCCUGCAGCUAAGAUACUGUGUUAUCUAAAAACUGUGAAAGCAGGUGGGGGGCAUCAGUCGGAGUUUCCUGCGUACGUUGAAACUUGGACCAAGGAGCAGGUGGCGCUCUGGUUACAGCAGCACGUGAAAGUGUACGCUAAGUAUGCAGAUUGUUGCCUGAAGGAGGACGUGUCCGGAGACUGCCUUGUUUGCUUCAGCAAGCAAGACUUUCUGGACCUGGGAGUGAAAAGUGGUCCAGCUGUGAAGAUCCUGGGAGAACUUCGCCAGCUGAACACAAAACCGGAGCCCCAGCUGGAACCCGGAACACACCAAAGGGAAGCCCCAAAGCCCGAGCCAAGCGUGGCCAAACCCAGCCAGAAGCAGCCAGAACCUCAGACAGUGCCACCCAGAAGAAAGGAGCUGGGAGGUGAAUCCAGACCGACUGGGCGGAAAGAAAAGGAAACAUCUGCUGUGGAGGCCGCACCAGCAGGAAGUGACAUCACAGUGAAGAUCCAGAGGGUCCUGGGAGGCCUUCUGGAAAAAGACCUGAAACUUUUUCAUUUCUACUUGAGAGGACACAAAGAACCCGGGACAGAACCUUUUUCUGCGGGUGAGCUGGAGAAGAAGGAUUCGGUGGACACAGCUGUGUUACUGAGGGACCGCUAUGGAGCAGCAGCCCCAUGGGUCACAGCAGAAACUCUGAGCGAAAUCGGCCAGCAGAACCUUGCCCUUCAGCUGGAGCAGCACAUCAGUCAGCUGGAGCAGCAGCAUCCUUCUAGAGACGUUCUGAGGACGGAGACACACCAGGGACACAAACUAAAGACCCUGCUCACUUGUGGUGGGAGCUCACUCGACAGCUAUGACAGAUUUGUUGUUGUGGUCAAUAGGAGCAGUCCGGAGCAGGUGCAGUACCUCCAGUUCCUGAGCAGGUUGGACCUGUUCUGUGUCUUGGACUUUGACCCGAACUCUGUUUGUCCUGGUGGACUCUGCCACUCUUACAAGGAGUUGCGGGUGGCUAACCUGCACACUCCGGCUCAAUUUCAGGGACAGACAGAGGCCGUCAUAAAAAAACUCAACCUGUUCAAACAGACCAGCUGGAUCUUCUGCAACGGCAGACACGACCUGGACAGCGACCCAGACAAAGAGCUGGACUACAGGAGCUGGCUCAGGAAGAGGUGCAGGGACGUGGAGCAGCUGGUGUCUUUCAUCUGCAGCCCUGACGUUUUCCCACAGGGAAGGUGUCUGAUCAUAUUCCUCCUGCUGUCUGCCCUGGACUCCGAGAAGAACCCGCUCUUUGAUACCUACAAGUCUUUCAUAAAGAACACUGAGGAGGCAAACAUCAUCAACCUUUGCCACUCCAGGAAAACUUAUUUGAAAUGGAAGGAGCUGAUACAAGAAAAGUGCGACUUUGACAUCGACCAUCUGUCCAUAUACGAUCUCUCUCUGAGUGAAAUCAACGGUACGAUCAUGGGACUGGGCCCACAGAGUCAGGCCUCUGCCAGGCUGCUUCCCUCCGCCGGCUCCAGCGCUGUUGUUCUGACGAAAAAGGACGAGGACCUGCUGACAGCUCUGGAUGUUUUAUGUCUGAAUGAGUGUGAGAACGUUUACGACGAAAGCAGCACAGAGUUUAAGAAAUUUAGAGUCGAAGUUGAGGAGAAAUUCUACAGAGGAGCCCAGGUCAGGUGGUGGAACUUCUACUUCUGUGACAGAGACAAAGAACAGCCAUUUAUCAAGAGGGACAAGUAUGAGCCUGUGAAACGGAUGGUCCGAUCGCAGCGGGACUCAAAGGAGGCGUGUGUUCUGCUCAAUCUGUACCAUGCUCCAAGCUGUGGGGGAACCACCUUAGUCAAGCAUGUGAUGUGGGACCUCCGUCACGAGUUCCGAUGCACUGUCCUGAAGGACAAGACUCUGCCCAAAGCCGAGGUUUCCAGCCAGGUGAGACAUCUGAUGAAGCUUGAGAGCGAGAAGCUGUGUCCCGUCUUACUGUUAGUGGACGACUCAAAGGAGACGGACCUCUACGACCUGGUGACCUGCAUACGGCAGACUGUGGAGGACUUCACAAGCAUGACGGUGGAUGCCCAGAACUGCCAGGUCAUCGUCCUGAACUGUGUCCGUUCCCAGACCCCAAAGGACCUCUUCAGACAAAACAAUCAGACGAAAAACCAGUUCAUGACUGAUAAACUGACCCAGCAAGAGCAGAUGGACUUUGAUAAGAAACUUUAUGAUCUCAAAGAAACUCACGAAAAACCGGAAAGCUUCUACAGCUUCAUGGUCAUGAAGAGCAAUUUUGACAAAGAAUACACCCGGAAACUUGCUCGGGACACGCUGGAGAACUUUGAGUUCAGCUCAAAGGAGGGCCGGCUCUUUGGCUUUUUGGCCCUACUGAACACAUAUGUGGCCAAAUCGGAAAUGGCCCUCUCUCUCUGUGAGGACUUCUUUCAGAUGAAAGUGCUCCGCCUGCCAGAGGACAGUGUUCUGGACAGAAUGAAACCUCUGUCCAACCUCCUCAUCGUGGACAGAGUUGAGGACUGGGGGGGAUACAAAGGAGUCCGGAUCCUCCAUCAUGCCAUAGCCUCCGCCUGCCUGGAUGAGCUGGAGGGCAGCUACUCCCUGAAAGCCAGUGACAUCGUCAUGGAGAUGCUGCAUUGUGACCUGUUCUUCAGCUCUGGGGUCGUGAAACACAGACUGACGCUUGCGAUUCAGCGAAUGUUGAUUGAGAGGCAACGAAAGAAAGACGUGGAUGAAAGGCAGCUCUUUUCUCUCCUCAUUGACAAAGUCCACAGCCAGGAGGGACGGCAGGCCGUCCAACAGAUCCUAGAGGAAGCCUCAGCCAGGUUUGAGACCAGCGCGUCCAUCCCUCAGGCACUGGCCAGAUAUCUGUACAAAUAUGUGCGCGACUUUCCAGAAGCUCUGAAGUGGGCAGAAAAAGCCAAGAACGUGAAAGAAAACAUUUUCACCAAUGACACCAUUGGACAAGUGCAUAAAAGCAACUUAAGGUCAAACAUGGACCGAGAGAAGCAGGAGACCUCCCACAGCCCAGAGGACUUGCAGAAAAACCUUGAGGUCGCCAUGAAGGGAAUGAAAGCUUUCCACAGGGCUCAGGAGCUGGCUGACCGGGAAGACGAGCCGCAGGAGGAAAUGCCCGACGACGACUCUGAGGAUUAUCCCAGAAACUCUUACAACUAUUACGGAAAUGUGAGCAUGCUGGAGAUCGCUUUGCUGGUCUUUGAGAUACUCAGCAGGUUGCCUUUCUUUGAAAAACACAACCCCAUGAAGAAAAAGUACUUACAGAGUUUUCUGGGAGGAAAAAUUCCAAUCACAAGUGUUUACAAAGAGAACAGUGAGAUCAACAACAAGUAUGUUGAUAUCAUAAGAGAACACCACCAGUUUCUUGUUGACCUGAAAUCAAAAGUCAAAGAACUGUUUGAGAAUCUGAACUGUUACUUCACCUACAUCAAAGUGAACUCCAAAUUUGACAUGAUGAAUCACAGAACUGUUUCUGAGAACUUUAAGAAGUACGUCGAGUUGUUCUGCACCACACCAGAAGAGAGGAGAGAGGAACAGGAAAACAAGUCCAGCCUCAACCUGAAACUGGACAUCGAGGAGCGAAAGUUGUUUCUUGAGAGGAACCAAGCAGAUACUUUCUCAGGAAUUCUUCAGCAUCUGGACAAACCUCCCGAAGAGGUGGAGAGGAUCACAGAGUGCUACGCGUUCCUACAGGGGAAAAUAGACAACCAGAGACAACGCACACAGAUGCAAAUUAAUUAUGUCCUGUCCAACAUUGUUCUCUAUCACUUGAAACCAAAAUCGAAACAUGUGAAGAAGUACAGAGAUCUCCGCAUUCUCCUUAACGAAAUUUUACAAGAUGUUGGACUGAACCACCUGUUCCCAGACCCAUACUACCUGGCCCUACUGUUAUUCUGGCCAAGUCCUACUGAGAACAAUACCGAAAUCCCUAAAUAUGUCUCACUAAUCCGUAAAUCAUCCCACAAGAACCUGUACAAGUUAUUUCAGAGGAGAAGCACUAUUGCCCACUUCUACUUGGGGAAAGAGGAGGGUCUGAAGAGGCUUUUCUCUAAACCAUCCCUGGAUGCAGACUUUCUGCCGGAGCUCCGGCGGGAUGCAUUGGCACAGCUUUGGAGGAACGGAGACAUAUUCAAGGAGGAAGCAAUUGUCCGCCGGCUUCACCGUGUCCGUGGAACAACCGAGCAAGGAGAAGUGUAUGCCAACUAUGGUACUCAGAAAAUCCCAGUGCGCCCAGCGCACAUUGGUGGGAUCAGAAGUGGAUUCAGCACAGAGAAGGUGUCUUUCUUUAUUGGAUUUGCUAUUAACGGACCCCUUGCGUACGAUAUCAAGUAUGAAAACUAG